GUUAUCACUUCAAUGUAUAUCUUCUACCAAAACUAUCCAUGAAACAUACUUCUUUGAAAAUUUUUUAUGACCUCAGUUGCAAGAUGUCAAAGAAAUGUUCUUGCUCUGACAGAUUGCGAGACAUGAUAUCGGAUUUGAGGUUGAAGCUGGCGCAGACCGAAGAAGACAUCAGCUGCCCCGCGAUAUAUCGUUUAAGGGCAAAACUGCGUGAUCUUAUGAAAGGUGAAGCGGCUGAACAACAGAUUUCCAAAGUUGUGGAGAAAUCGAUUGAAACCUUGGUGGAUCUUUCCAAGAACUGCGAUGAUCUGCGUUUGGAAAACGAACGUCUUCUUGCACAAGUGACAGAUUUGCGCAGUGCAUUGGUUGAUCUCGAAGGAAAGAAAACGCCAGAAACGAUAUUGCAAACGGCCGAAACAACCACAGUGCCGGAGUAUAUUGACAUUUCAGAUUUAUUGUAUAAGCUGAACAACUGCGAAGAUAUCGUGGCUGAUCUAAGAAAGCAGUUAGAAGAAAGAGACGAGCAAAUAGAUGCACUGAACAAAGAACUGGAAUCGAUGAUCAGUCAAAAAGGUUUAGAGGAACAGAUAGAAGCCAUGAAAGAGGAACUUAGGAGGAAAGAUGACAAGAUCACAGGACUGCUGAACAACCUAAGACAAUCAGAAAUAGACUUAUUGGGGUUAUCUUCUCUGAAAUCCGAAGUGGAGAACCUGAAAUCAGAGUUACAUGAUCUCAAAUCAGAGAAAACUGAAUUACUGAACGAACUAAACAAACUGCGAGAAGCACUGAAGGAUAGAGACGAUCAGAUAAUAGAUUUACUAGCGCAGAGGAACAACUUGGAGAAGGAGUACAAGAAUAAGACGGCAGAAUUACAGUCAAAACUCGAUGAGGCAAAUGACGAGAUCGAUGAUUUGAAAGCUGAGAUAACCAAACUGAAGAAUGAGUUGGAAGAGUGCAAGACGCUAAACGCGAAGCUGGAACAGUGCUGUCUGGACAAAAACGCACUUUCGGAAAAGCUACACGGCUUCGAAGAGGACCUUGCAGCCGCGAAAGCGAUAAUAGCGAAUCUCGAAAGUGAGGUGAACACUUUAAGGCGAGACAAGGAAAAUUUGUCGAACGAACUGGGCGAGGCAAGGAAACAGAUGGAGGCGUUCAUUGGACAACUGGAGGAUGAAAGGGGCGCCAGGACCGCAUUGGAGAAGGAACUGGAGAGAGACCGAGAUGAGAUUGAAUUGUUACAGAGGGAGAUUUUCGAUCUGAAAGAUCAGAUCGAUGCCGAAAGGAAGGAGAACGACGAGCUUCGCGAAACGUUAGAAGCAUCGAUCGGCGAGAGGGAAAAGUUGAGCGCUCGGUUAGAGCAGUUGGAGAACGAGAACGAUGAUCUGAUGAAAAGGAUGAAGGAGCUAGACAAUUUGAAUUACCAGCUAAGGAACGACUACGAUAGCAUGAAGCAGGAUUUGGACAAUUUGCAAGCAGAGAUCAACAAACUGGAGGAUGAAUUGGCCAAGGCGAAGCAAGAACGCGAUGCAUUGUUGAACGAGAAUAAUGGUAUCAAAAAGCAGCUGGAACAAGCGAUGGCGGAGAACGAGAGUCUGAUAGCCAAAUUGGACGAAACUGGUAAAGAACUUAAUAAACUGAAACUACAGAAGGAUGAGCUACAGAAGAGCCUCGACGGGAUCAAUCUUGAGAACGAUUCACUGAAACGAGAUAUGAAAGCGUUAAGGGAUGACCUUGAGGAUUCCAGAAGGCAAGCGGAGGAACUAAAAGCCGCUGGUGACGCGUUAAAAGCGACGGAUAAGGAUAAGGUACUUGAACUUGCAAAGCUGCAAGAACAAGUAGAGAACUGCAAGUUCGAAAAGAAUCGCUUAACGAAGGAAAAUGAUGAUUUGAAAUCUAAAAUAAUAGAAUUACAAGGAAAGCUGGAGGAGAUGGAUAAGUUAAAAGGAAGAAAUACAGAUUUACUGGCUGAAGUAGAUCUUCUGACAAAAGAAUUAGAAAAAGCGUUGGAGGACAUUGAUCAAUUGAAAUCCGAAAUAGGUUCCUUGAAGGAUGGACUCGACAGUUGUGUGGGCGAGAUGCAAAAGCUGAGAAUCGAAAAUGGCGACCUCAAAAAACAGAACGAAACCUUGAAGUCUGAGAUGCAAGCAAUUACCGAUCACUUAAUGAAAGACAAUGACGAUUUAAAAGCAGAAAUCUCAGAAUUGGAAGAAAAGUUAAGUGAAUUGGAUAAAAUGAAACUAGAAAAUGUUGAUUUGCUUGAUGAAGUAGAUCGUUUGAAACAGGAAUUGGCAAAAGCCUGGGAAGAAGUUGAUCGAUUGAAAUCCGAAGUAACAUCUCUGAAAAACGCACUCGAUAAGUGCGUGGACGAGAUGGAAAAGCUGAGAACUGAGAGCGACCAGCUUAAAUUGGAGAAUCAAGCAUUCAAGUCUGAUAUUCACGGACUUGAUGAUCGCUUAACGAAAGAAAUAGCCAAUCUGAAAGCAAAAAACGCGGAAUUGGAAGAAAAAUUAGUGGCAUUCGAGAAAUUGAAGUCGGAAAAUGAGGAUUUACUUGGUGAAGUUGAUCGUUUGAGACGUGAAUUGGAAAAAGCCUUAGAGGAUAUGGAUCAAUUGAAAUCUGAGAUAGGUUCUUUGAAAAACGGACUGGAUAAAUGUGUUGGCGAGAUGGAUCAGCUGAGAACUGAAAACAGCAGUUUGAAGUCUGAAAUUCAGGGAAUAAGGGGCGAAGGGGACAGUUUGUCGGCGGAGUUAAAUAAUCUGAAGAAUGAGAAUUCUCUUUUGAAAGGCGAAAGAGAUCGAUUGAGCAAGCAAUUGAGCGACUGUAAGAUGGAAAACGAAAAAUUCAGAGUGGAGAAGGAUCAUCUGGAAGCUGAAAAUGAGAAGCUGAAAGGAGAGAUAAACUCGUGCAAGGAAGAGAAUGACAAAUUAAAAGACGAACUUGGAAAAUCACGGGAACAAUUGCAAUCAUCGAACGACGAAUUGAAUAAAUUAAAGGCUAAUCUCGACAGAGCUGAGGAGAAAAUUCGGUCUCUGGAGCCGCUGAUCUCCCGUUUGCAUAGUGAAAAUGAUAAAUUGCGGGAUGAUUUGACGAGUUUGGAGAACGAGGCCAACGAUUUUAAAGCAAAAUUGGCUAGAGAAACGGCUGACAAUGAAAAGAUACAGAACGAUCUGAAGAUACUGGAGGAUCAGGUGCACGAUCUAAGUAAGAACCUGGCCAAUGCUAGGACUGAAAAUGACACUUUGAAACAGGAAAAUCAAGGUCUAAAAGCCAAGUUAUUGGAUAUGGAUCAUGAUCUAUCGAAUUUGAAAUCGGAAUGUGCGGAUCUGAAACGAGAGAUUGCUGAUCUGAAGAAAUUAAUCGAUGAAUUAAAAGAAAAAAUUGCUAAACUGGAAGCAAACAUAGAUCAUUGGAAAAUGGAGAACUGCAAACUUCAGUUGGACAUUGAUAAAUCGAAAGCUGAUCUUGAGAAAGCCUUGAAAGAUUUGCUCGAAUGCCAGGCUUCGAAGAAAGCAUUAGAAGCAGAGAUGUACCGUUUCAAGAUUGAGAAAGGCGAGCUUGACAAGAAGCUUGUCGAUUUAACUUCUCAACUCGAGCAACAGGAAAAAGCAUUCGAAGCAGAAAAAUCGGCCAGAAAUAAGGUUGACUCAGAAAUUGCGGCCUUGAAGGAGGAACUGGAUGCCUUGAAAAAGGAACUAGGUAAAUUGAGAGCUGACAACAACAGAUACAGAAACGAAAUAGACGACCUAGGAAGACAGCUUGCGGUAACAAAAAAUGAACUGGAGAAGUGCAAAGAAGAGGUUUCUAUAUUAAGAGAUGCUAAUAACGCACUAAAGUCUCAAUUGGAUCUCUUGAAAAGUUUAAAGGACGAAUAUAAUAAGUUGAUGGCUGAUUUAGAUUCUCUUAAAGAGGAGAAUGUAAACCUUCUGCAAGAUAGGAAAAAUUUCGAAGACGAGUAUACUAGGCUGAAAGGAGAAGGCGAUGGACAGAAAGCAGAGAUCGAUAGAUUGAGAUCAAUCUUGAAUGCAGAGGAGGCAGCUGCGGAAAAAUUGAGGGCAGAUCUGCAAAUUUGCCAAACUGAGAACGAUAGGUUGCAAAAACAAUUAAACGAAGUGAAAAAUGAGUUGGAUGAACUGACAAAGGGAAACAAUCGUAUAAAGAACGAGAUCGAUAAGCUGAAGAUGGCGCUCGCGGACGCGGAAGCAAAGAUAAAGUUGCUGGAAAGUGAACUAUCCGAUUUGCUAGCCGAGAAAAAAGAACUGGUCAACGAACUCUAUCGUUUUCGCGAACAGCUAAACAAUCGUACAAACGAGCUAGAAGAGCAGAUAGCCGCAAAAGAUGCGGCCAAGAAGGAAUUGGCCGACAUGAAGGAUGAGCUGACCGCUCUAAAAGCGGCGUUGGAUAAGGUUCGCAGCGAAAACGAUAAGCUGAGAAACGAGAACGAAAAGCUGAAUGUGGAAUUAACCAAGUUGAACGGGCAAUUAGAAACUCUGAAGGACGAUAAUACGAAGCUGGGAAACGAAAACGCGAAUCUGAAAAACGAAAACGCGAAUCUAAAGAAUGACAAUGCAAAGUUGGCGACGGAGUUAACUGGAACGAAAAACAAAUUGGCAGAAGUGGAGAAACAGCUAAACGAUCUAGAGAAAGAAAACGACGACUUGAAUAACAAAAUAGCUGAUCUCGAGAACACAGUGAACGAGCUCGAGCCUUUGAAGAAACAAUUAGAAGAUGCUAAAAAAGAACUGGAUAGGCUGAGGCCAGAGCUAGAUAGAUUGAAAUCAGAGAAUGCAGAACUGCAAAACAAUUUAAAUAACGCCAUAGAGGAAUCGAAUAGGUUAAGAAAUGAUUUGGACAAAUUAAAAAGCGAUUACGACAAAUUGAAGUCUGAAUUAGCUGACCUGAAGAAGGAGAGAGAUAGUCAGAAAGAACGGAACGCAGAAUUGGAGAAAGAAUUAGCCAAAAUAAAGAAAGAGAAUGCGAAUCUCAAGGGUGAGUUAGCCGAUUGUCAAACAGAGAACGAAAGAUUGCGUAAUGGAUUGACAGAUUUGAAGUCGCAAAAUGCAAAACUGCAGGACAAUUUAAACACGGCGAAGAACGAAGUGAAUAAAUUAAAAGCCGAUUUGGAUAAAUUGAAAAGCGAUUAUGGUGAAUUGCGGUCGGAAUUAGGUAAACUAAGGGAUGAGAAAAAUAGGCACAGAGAACGCGAUACUGCGCUAGCCAUGGAUCUGGAUAAAUUGAAGAAAGAGAAUGACGAGUUAAAAGAUGGAAAUGAGAAACUGAAAAGCCAGUUAUUCGUUUGCCAAGAGGAGAGGGAAAGGCUACGCAAGGAAUUGGGAAAGCUGAAAAGAGAAAAUGCAAAAUUGAAAGAAGGUAUGAUAAUUAUCCUUUCGAUUUGUUUGGAAUCCAAAUUAGAAGAGCAAGUAGUUGAUCUUUUGUUCAAGUCACUUUGCAAAUUUAAGCAGAGUGGUUAAUGAACGGCAUUUAAUAUUAUUAUUUACCUCAGACAGUAUCAGGUAUAAUUUUACAGCGACAAUCUUCUCCUCUUAUUUCGACUUUAAAGUGCUUGUGCUCUGAUA